AUGGGCGUCCUGUACGUGUGCCUCUACCUCAUCGCGCUCGGCACCGGCGGGCUCAAGUCCAGCGUCUCGGGCUUCGGCACCAACCAGUUCCACGAGCGCGACGCACGCGAGCGCGCCGCCAUGGGCCUCUUCUUCAUCAGCGUCGGCACGCUCCUCGCUGUCACCGUCCUCGUCUACGUCCAGGACCACGUCGCCCGGAGCUGGGCCUAUGGCAUCUGCGCCGGCACCAUGCUCGUCGCCAUCACCGUCCUCGUCGCUGCCGCCCGGAAGCGGAACAUCGUCAAGCAGCCGCUCACCGCCUCCGCGCUCUACGAGGACCGCCCCGAGCACGCGCGCAUCCCCCACACCGCCCAGUUCCCGUGCCUGGACAGGGCGGCAGUGAUGGCCGGCGACAGCGACAACGAGGUGGGCCACGACGGGCGGCCGACGCCCAACCCGUGGAAACUGUGCUCCGCGUCCGGCGUGGAGGAGGUUAAGAUGGUGGAGCGGCUGAUGCCGGUGUGGGCGACGACCAUCCUGUUCUGGACCAUCUAUGUGCAGAUGAUCACCUUCUCCGUGGAGCAGGCGACGACCAUGGACCGGCGCAUGGGCGGGUUCAAAAUCCCAGCCGCCUCGCUCACCGUCUUCUUCGUCGGCGCUAUCAUGCUCACCCUCGCCUUCUACGACCACGUCUUCGUCCCGCUCUGCCUAAGCCUCGUGACCGCCCGGCAGGGGUUCACGAACCUGGAGAAGAUCGGCAUCGGCCUGGUCCUCUCCAUCAUCGGCAUGGCCACCGCGGCAAUCUGCGAGAAGAAGCGCCUCGCCGUCGCUGCCACGAGUGGCGGCGCAGGGCAUGGGUCGCUGCCCAUCAGCGUCUUCAUGCUGACGCCGCAGUUCCUGGUGGUGGGCGCCGGCGAGGCAUUCAUCUACACGGGGCAGCUGGACUUCUUCAUCACGCGGUCGCCCAAGAGCAUGAAGACCAUGAGCACGGGCCUCUCCCUCACCACGCUCUCGCUCGGCUUCUUCCUCAGCAGCGCGCUCGUCUCGCUCGUCAAGAGCUGCACGCAGUGGCUCGGUGACACAAUCAACCACAGCCGCCUACUGGCUGCUGGCCGUGCUCAGCGUCGUCAACCUCGUCGCCUACCUCGUCUGCGCCACGUGGGCAACGGCACCGGCCAGCAGCCAAGCGGAGCAGCUGCAGUCCGUGAUGGCCACCGACGAGAAAUGCUAGCAAGAUCAGAUACCGAUCGACCUCUGUUGCACUCUCAAGUCCAGACAUAUACUACUUGA